AUGACUAACUCUAGUGUUACUGUUUCUAACUCUAGCCAGAGUGCAGCACUCAUAGCCCCCAAACAUCCUAUCACCAGCAUUUCACCAUCUAUACGAAUAGUCACAAAUAACACAAAACCCCUAAACUCUAUGCCGCAUACACCAAUCCAGGUAUCAAAUGCGCAGUUUUUUAACAGUGCUUUGACUCAAAGUGCAACAAUGGUACGCCAGCCACAGCCUUUAGCUAGAGUAAAUAUCAGUGCAACUGGUGCAAGCGCAGCAAUGCAUAAUUUAGCAACUAUUGCGGCUGAGCAGAAACCAUUGACAGUUUUGCCAAACGGUAGUACACAUUUGCAGAAUGUGCAAAAUAAAGAUGGAUCUAUGAUACCUCAACAAAUUAUUGUGAAGAGUGAUGCAAAUCAUACUGUUGUUAAAAGAGAAAUAGGUCCUCUUGUGAAAAAUGUGAUUCCGAUGUCUAAUUCUGUGAUACAAGGUUUGUCACAAGUAGUGCGACAGCCUGCCCCCAUAAUAACCAGUGGCAAUCAACAGCUGAUCAAAGGAGCUUCCAAUGGUAGCAGUCCUAAUAUGGUCACUGUGCAAGCACAUACACCAAUUUCACAGCAGCAUGUCGUCGUCCGAGCAACCGUUGCCACAACUCUUGCAAAUUCUUCGCCAGCUGUUCAGGUGGUGAAUGCUUCUACUGCAGGUAAUCCAGCAAAUAUAAGGCCUGCAGUCACACAGCAAAUUCGUCCUGGACAUGUGCGCAUUCAGCAACCUAACCUAGCCCCAAGGCAGCCGGCUGCGCAGACAACGGGCACAUUCACGAUCCCUCAAGGUGCUCUGUUGAUGCGAAACGAAAGUGGACAGUUUGUGCUUGUCUCAGCACCACAGACGGUCCUGCAGCAGACUUCCAGCAACAAUCGAAUCAUCACAACAGUGGCCCCCAGUGGUUACAGAAUACAGAAUGUUAGUCCACUGACGACUCAGGCACCGGUCAGAGCUUCCGUAAAUGGCCAAACUAUUGUUACAAUACAACCUCAGGGACAACCGCAGCAGCAGAUUCAGGUUCAGGGUCAAGCGGUUUCUGCAGGGGUGCCUACAACAAACUUACAACAGCAGCAGCAACAAACUGGCCAUACCACAGCAGUCACUGGUCAGUCGGCACUGACUCUUGGUCAGCCAACUUUAGUUUCUGCCACUGGUGGAAUUAUCGCAACCUCUGGAGAAAUGAAUAAAGCAAUGAUUGAAAAUGUAAAAAAGUGCAAGAAUUUCCUGUCGACAUUAAUCAAAUUGGCAUACAGUCAACCAACAGAAACUGUGAAAAAUGUCAAGGCUCUUAUUCAGGGUCUAAUAGAUGGCAAAGUUGAACCAGAGGUCUUCACAGAACGACUGCAGCACGAGCUUCAGUCAUCACCGCAGCCGUAUCUCGUCCCUUUUCUCAAGAAAAGCCUUCCACUCCUACGUCAGUCCAUGAUUAAAGGUUAUAUGACGAUUGAAGGGGUCAAGCCUCCACCUUCCGAGAUCACAGGGCACAUCCAGCCCUCUGUGCAGUCUUCAGCGGCUCCCACAGUAGUAACCCAGCAGGUUAUAACGGCCGCUGGCACCCUGACGCAGCGCCCUCUGGUGGCACCAAGACCUAUUGGAAUUCCAGUUCAGCAGUUGCCACAGGUGCGUCCAUCUCCUGGUCCGGCCAGCAGUAAAGUUGCUGCCAUCAGGCACCCCGUGUCUCAGGUGGCAAUAGCCCCAGGUGGAAACAAGGUUCUAGUACAGGCUUUUCCCCAACCUCGCCCUCAGUUGAUUCAGAACCAAGUACGACCUAAGGUGGCUCCUCGAGCAACUGCACCAGCUGCCCGAGCCAUUAAACCUGCCUUGUCUGCUGCACUGGUGAAGUCAGAGCCCAGUAGUCCUGCUGCUGGACACAGAGAAAAGAGGAAAUUUGAAUCAUUGAAGGAUGGGGAUGACGACAUCAACGAUGUUGCCACUAUGGGGGGAGUCAAUCUGACCGAGGAAUCUAAAAACAUCCUGGCCACUACCAAUGCUGACUUUAUCGGCGCCCAGUCACGAUCCUGUAAGGACGAGAUUUUUCUGGCAGCUUCGCCUUUGCUCAGAAAAAUUUCAUCUAUAGCCAAAAAAUAUGGUAUUGAUGAUGUCAGUCCUACUGUGGUGAAUCUCGUGUCGCAUGCGUUGCAGGAAAGGUUACGGGAUAUGGUAUCCAAGCUGUCAACCAUCGCUGAACAUAGAGUUGAGAUCUAUAAGCUGGACCCUAGAUACGAAGUGGAAUCAGAGACAAAACUGAAGUUGAAGUUUCUCGAGGAGCUUGACAAGCUGGAAAAGAAACGUCAUGAAGAGCAGGAAAGAGAGAAAUUACUUCGGGCAAUAAAGAGUCGUUCAAAGAAUGAAGAUCCAGAGCAGUUAAAACUCAAGCAGAAAGCAAAAGAGCUCCAACAAGCAGAAGCAGAAGAAGUCCGGCAAAGGGAGGCUAAUCUCACAGCUUUGGCAGCAAUAGGACCUCGAAAAAAGAGAAAAUUGGACUUUUCUGAUUCUGCAAAUUCAGUGUCAAAUUCAAGUAACAGUGCAUUAGCCUCAAGUGCCGCUUCUUCUGGUGUGUUGCGCCCACGAACCAAAAGAGUUAAUAUGCGGGAUCUUCAGCUUUUGUUAGAGCUGGAGCGUCCCACCAGAAAGUCUGAUCUCCUGUACAAGACAUUCUUGAAAUGA